UCCGAAUACAUUUUUUUUAGCCAAUGAAUAUUUUCAUUUUCAAGUAUAUAAAUGAUCUGAGCACAUAAGGAAAACAAUAUAGAUCAAGAGGAACGAACUAUCUAGUUGAAUCAAAUAAACCAGCUUAAACAAUGACUGGAUCCAAUUCAUCAAAAACUACCAAAGUAUUAAGAAAGGUGUUAAUUCCAUUAGAUAAUAGUAAUGAAUCAAAGAAAGCAUUAAAUUGGUAUAAAGAAAAUAUGAAACGUGAUGGUGAUUUGGUUAUAUUCGUUCAUGUCAUUGAUCCUAUUCUACCAUCAGCUUUGUCUGCAUUAUCACAUGAAUGUGAAUCAAUGCCAGCUGGUUCAUCAUUUCAUGUACCAGAAGAAAGUAUGAAAAGUGCUAAAAUUCUAUGUCAAGAAAUGGUAAAUGAAGCUACUAAAUAUGGAAUCAAAUCUGAAGCUGUUAUACAAAUUGAUAAUAAAGCUGGUCCAGCAUUGGUUAAAACAAUAAACGAGAGAAAGAUUAAUGUUGUUGUCAUGUCAAAACGUGGUUUAGGAUUUUGGAAACUUAAUUUCACACCAAGUGUUACAUCAUAUGUUCUACAUCAUUCAAAUAUUCCAGUAUCUAUAAUACCACCAUCGAAUCGUUAGUUCUCAUUGUAUAUGAUAUGAUGUCAACAACUGAUUGCAUCAUUUCAUUUGAUGAUUUGAAUUGUCUCAUUAUUUGUAAAUACUGGCCAUAAUAAAGCUUUUCAUUUCGCUACAGAAAAUGACAAAUUUAUUGUAUUUAUUCGUUUAUUAUUUUAUUAUUCUAUAUUACUGUUAAUGAAUUAACUUACUUUGCAUUAAAUUAUUUAAUUGAAAGAUAA